AAAAAAAUUGUGUGUCUCUCUGUACUCUGCUUCGAAACCUUCGCUCUUCUUCUUCUUCUUCUUCUUCUUCUUCUUCGUCAUCUUCUUCACAAGAUCCGAAAUUCGUAAAUGGUGAAACCGAACUACUUGAAAAUGGUGACGGAUUCUGACGCUGCAGAUCUGAUCUCCUCUGAUCUUCGGGAACUCGGUAACGCUGCUAAAAAGCUUGCUACACACGCAGUUAAGCUCUGUGCUUCGGGUUUUGCCGCUUCUUUUCUUCAAUGGAUUGCUUCCUUUGCUGCUAUUUACUUGUUGAUUUUGGAUCGGACGAACUGGAAGACGAAUAUCCUUACCUCAUUGUUGAUUCCGUACAUUUUCUUCAGUCUUCCCGGGGUGAUUUUCGGUUUUCUCAGGGGAGAGUUUGGAAAAUGGGUCGCCGUCAUUGCUGUGGUGCUCCGUCUCUUCUUCCCACGACGAUUUCCAGAUUGGCUUGAAUUGCCUGGGGCUUUGAUACUUCUGAUUGUGGUGGCUCCGAGUUUAUUUGCGCACACGAUAAGGGGCGACGCCAUCGGAGAAGCAAUCUGUCUGAUCAUAUCAUGCUAUUUACUGCAAGAACACAUCAGAGCCUCUGGUGGAUUCCGAAACUCCUUCACGAAAGCGAAUGGCAUUUCGAACACCAUCGGCAUUGUCCUCCUCUUUGUUUUCCCCGUCUGGGCACUGGUACUUCGUGUUCUUUGAUUGGUUUUUUUUCAAAAUGCAAUUAUGCGUUAUUGAUCUUUGUAUUUUUUGGAAUAUGGGCUGUGAGAUUUGUUUUUACCUUUUUCUUUUUUUCCUUUUGAAAUUGGGUGUGUGAUUGUAUUAAUGUAGGGUGCUAUCAGUGUAAAGUUAGAUGAGAAGUUUCUGUCACAAAAGAUUUGUCUGUCAUUUAUUGUGGGAGAAAAUGUGAAACAAUACCUGUUAUUAUUGAAUGUGAAGAUUAAAGGGUCAAUGUGCUGCAAA